AUGCUGCGUAUACCAGGAAUGCCGUUGCCGGGCACCACCUUUCGGGAUCUAUCACGCACGAACUUCCCCAAGCCGCAGAGCCUUAUGAAUUUCCAAGGCAUUAGUAUGUUAAACGAUCGCCAACCACCCGCCAUGGUGGACGUUGGUGGCAUGUGCAUUGAUAUCAAUUGCCCACCGACAGCCACACCAUCACUGUAUCCGCCAAAGACUGGACCCAAACUGCCACCAUGGAUUGCUUACGAUAAGAAAGUGCGUUUUGAUGCAUUCUUUAAGGAGACUCUACACGAGGUCUACAAUGCCUAUCAAGUGCGUAAAGUCAAGAUUAUGUAUUAUCUGGAAGAUGGCACCAUGCAAAUCACUGAACCGAAAGUGGACAACUCGGGUAUACCGCAAGGUUGUCUGGUGCAUCGUCAGCGCAUACCGAAACCACCGCCGUGCCAAAAUGAAUUCAUCUCGAUAUUGGAUCUUAACGUCGAUACGAGCAUACAAAUAUUCGAUCGCAUUUAUCACAUUACAAAUUGUGAUCUUUUUACGCGACAUUUCCUAAAUCGUUCGGGUAUAGCCGUACCAGAUCCCGUCGAUAUGCAGUUGAUCCCAACAAGAAUGCGUAAACGAUCGGCGCGAAAGAUACACAUCAACCACCAAAAAAGCAUUCUUCGCACAUUUUUAGCAUUCGAUCGGAAAGUGUUAAAAUUCCACGGCUACUGGGAUGAUCGUUCGGAGUUCGGUGAUGUUCGUCGUUUAGAAAUAUGCUAUUAUUUGGCUGGUACAAUGGAUAUAAAAGAAAUUUUUCCACGUAAUUCAGGGCGUGAAGGUCCAUCGCUCUUCUUGAAAAGGGGAAAACUGCCAAGGGAAUUCAAUGGCCUACCACUACCUGGGCAAGAAACACCACAAACGCUAUUGAAUGUGCUCGGCACAAGCAUGCGAAAUGUACGCUACACCAUUGAUCCACUGAAUGGCGAAAAAGAGGUGCUCUACUAUGCCGAUCGUGAUCUACAAAUCGGCACCGUGCUAAAUGUGUACGGACGUGCUGUGGUGCUUACGGAUUGUGAUGAAUACACGCAGGAGUAUUAUGAAAACGGGUUUUAUGGUAUUGAGAACUUUACUGCUGCACCAAUACCGUCACGUGGCGACGAUUGUGCGCCGAUUAAACAAAGGAACGCUACUGCACCCUAUAAUGGCUGGGGUUCAUAUGAGGAUUCCGAGGGCAAUUGCAUCUCAGUCGAACCCAAACCGCCGCAAACUGAUUUUAAGAAAUUCAAACUGGAUCGUUACGUGCUUAGGUUUGGCGCUAAACUAUUAUCGACCAUACGUGAUUGUGAACGCAUUUUCAUUAUAUCCUAUUACCUAUCCGAUGAUACCAUACAAAUAUUUGAGAUUGCCGAACGUAAUUCCGGUUUCUUGGGUGGCGAAUUUAUGAAACGUACACGCAUACCACUGCCGGGCCAAGAGAAGUUCACCUCGAAGCGUCCACAAUACUAUCAGCCAUAAUUUUAUAUUGGUGCCACAAUGAGCCUCAAGGAUCACAUCUUUCACAUUGUUUCGCGCGAUGAGUAUACGCUUAUUUAUGAGCACCAUCCAUAUGAGUAUCCAAUGGCCGAUAUCAAGUCAAUUAUGCUGAAAAGCGAUGCAGCGAAGUCCGAUUACAAGGGCUUCCUUUGCCGUUGCCUACCCGAGGGCGCUGAAUCUGUUAAGGAUGUGCAAUUUAUUGGUUUCGAUUCACUCAAGCGCGCACUUAUCAAUCUGCUAGCUGAUGACAUCACCAAUCACGAAAUUAUUACGGUCUGUCGUUACUUCUCGGCUGAAAAAGCACCGCCACAGGCAUGCAAUCGGGAGACGGUACGCGCUGCGGUGCACUUGGAGUUGAAACGUUCGCUGUGGAAUGCAAUGGAUGAGUUGAAGGAGCACUUGCACCACAUCAAUCCGUUGAACAAACCAUUCCUCUCCGAGGCGAAAUUACGCUCGACAAUGAAGGGCUGUCGCCUGCCAUUCAUACCGGAACUAAUUGAUGAUCUACUCAGCGUUUUAAAUCAUAAUGAUUGCGGCGAGGUUGAGGUAUGCGAUUUCCUGAACUUCAUUGAUAUGGGUUGCGGCAAAGUGCCUGAUAUAGCGCCAAUGAAUAUCAAUUUCGAACUAUGUCCCAAGAUACCGUUCCUACAUAAGGGUCGUCUAGUGAAUAUAAGCUGCUUCCUGCAAUACUUAGGUUUGGAUGAGGAGGCGAAGCCAAAGGAAGAAUUGGCGAGUUAGAAUUCUAGACGCUUGGACUAAUUAACUUAAUA